UCACUGAAGCGUAUUAUGCACACCAGAAGCUGUCUCUGCCAGAGAAGUGAACCGCUGCAUGAGCUCUCAGGCUGACGAGCCCACGUGGCCAGCAGCAGAUGGAGCAGGCACCUCACCAGCUCUCCGGGGGCCCUCCUGUGCGCUCUCCCACCCCUGCACCCCUCCCUGGCGGCACUCGGCGUGUGCACUGAGCAGCAGACCACCAGGGCACUGAGGAGGCUCAGACUGUCACUCUUCAAGACAGCAGCUGCAGGGAGGGGCAGGGGUGGUCCUGGACCGCGUCCCAGGAGCUCACCGUGGCUUUGGGACAGACAGUGAAGCCCCACCAUUAGAGGCGCCCGCGCCCCGGAGGCAGUCUGUUUCCAUGCCCGUGUGGCCUGCCCCUCAGCAAGAACAGACCUGCCGCAGGAGGGACAGGACCCCAUCCGCAGCCUGUUCGCACGGCUCUGCUCACGGCUUAUUUGGGGUAGUGUGCCUGUACAGAACUCUCAGCUCGCUGGGAAUAUAGAUGUGUUGUUUUUUGCUUUCUGCUGUAAGUGUUGUAAUUUUAUGUUCUGGUGAUCUUUGUUUUGAAUUCCUAUUUCCUUCCAUUUUUAGGUUCCAAUAUUGAAGCCCAUGGAUCUUAUGGUAGAAGCAAGUCCACGACGAAUUUUUGCAAAUGCUCACACAUAUCAUAUAAAUUCCAUUUCAGUAAAUAGUGAUCAUGAAACAUAUCUUUCUGCAGAUGACCUGAGAAUUAAUCUAUGGCAUUUAGAAAUCACAGAUAGAAGUUUUAACAUCGUGGACAUCAAGCCUGUGAACAUGGAGGAGCUGACGGAGGUGAUCACCGCGGCCGAGUUCCACCCGCACCAGUGCAACGUGUUUGUGUACAGCAGCAGCAAAGGGACCGUCCGACUGUGUGACAUGCGCUCUUCAGCCCUGUGUGACAGACACUCCAAGUUUUUUGAAGAACCUGAAGAUCCCAGCAGUAGGUCCUUCUUCUCAGAAAUAAUCUCCUCCAUCUCCGAUGUAAAAUUCAGUCACAGUGGUCGGUACAUGAUGACCCGAGACUACCUGUCGGUGAAGGUGUGGGACCUCAACAUGGAGAGCCGGCCCGUGGAGACCCACCAGGUCCACGAGUACCUGCGGAGCAAGCUUUGUUCUCUGUAUGAAAACGACUGCAUCUUCGACAAGUUCGAGUGCUGCUGGAGCGGUUCGGACAGUGCGAUCAUGACGGGGUCCUACAACAACUUCUUCAGGAUGUUUGAUCGGAAUACACGGAGGGAUGUCACGCUGGAAGCUUCCCGGGAGAACAGCAAGCCUCGAGCCAGCUUAAAGCCUCGGAAGGUGUGUACAGGCGGUAAGAGAAAGAAGGACGAGAUUAGUGUGGACAGUCUGGACUUCAAUAAGAAGAUCCUGCACACGGCCUGGCAUCCGGCGGAGAACAUUAUCGCCGUGGCCGCCACCAACAACCUGUACAUCUUCCAGGACAAAGUCAACUAAGGAAGCCAGCACGGGGACUGAGCCCGGCUGUCUUCUCCAAGGAGGGGCGCAUCCUCCUCCCUGUGAGGAGCAGCAAGGCGCUGACCGCUCCCCCUCACAGACUGGAGGGGCCGGCCUUCUGCCUGCGGUGAGGCGGGCCGGGUCGCUGCUCCGCGGAACACCCACUCACCCACUCAGCGCAGCAUUGGUGGACAGUGCUCAAUAAUGGCCAUUACUCAGAAUAAAUGUAUUUAUUUCAGUCUGA